AAUAAAACAAUAACAUGAAAUAUAGUGCUGACGUGUUCAAGUUUCUACGUCGGAGCACUGACAUUGUUAGCAAACAGGUUCUCGACAAACAAGUCAAUAUAUUCAGUACAUUCUAAGAGAAUGUCAAUUUCGCAUCAUACAAAACUGAUUUGUCAAGUAACUUUCAUUAUCAGGUCACCUCCUCCGAUAAGGAAACUAAAACAUCUCGUGAUAGUCAAUAUCUCAGUUGGCCAUAUACAACCAUAGCAAGACAGUAGGCACGCCCCGUAGUCUACCAAUAAACAUAAUUGACCCUCUUACCCAAAUUUAUUAACAUUAUUUAGCCUUGUUCUCCCUGCCGCCAGCAGUGAUGCAUGCAGGGGGCCGCUGGUCUAUUCCUGUCCAGCUCAACACGAGUCGUGUACAUAACAUCAGUGUAACGACAUUCCCAUACAACAUACACAUUGCACGUGUUGUCAAUUUCACCCCAAAGCUUGUACAGUAAGAAGGGAGUCCGCGCUGGCCUGGUCUGACUCGCAGGCAGGAGGAAUAUGGUCGCUGUCAACUCUCACCUGACAUCAUGACCACCCGGAAGAAGGGCCACGAGCGGUCAAGUCGAUAUGGUCUUCCGCUACCGGAAGUGUGCCAUCUUACUCUGGACAAGACAACGAUUCAGGAUCGAGCUGUCUUUAUAAUCGGCGACGUCCAUGGUUGCUACGAUGAGCUCAGAGAGUUGAUGGACAAAGCUCGGACGUUAGAGGACACAGUGUUGUUUGUGUUUGUUGGGGAUCUAGUAAACAGGGGCCCCAAGUCUAAGGAGGUGGUCAAAAUUCUCCGAAGAACAGACUGCUACUCCGUCCGGGGAAAUCACGAGGAGACAACUCUGCGUGAAUAUGCCCGGCUUUUAAAAGAUCCCGGAUACGAUUUACCGGAACGAUACCAAUACAUCCGGAAAUUUGAUGAAGGGGAUUUAGAUUUUUUACGACGUCUUCCGUACACUAUAUGCAUUCCUUCUUUACAGGCGAUUAUUGUCCAUGCGGGUCUUGAACCAGGGUUUGUUCUCGAGGAACAGUGUUUGACGGCCAUGACCCAUAUGAGGAGUUUGGUUCAGGGAGGGGAUAUCGACCCUACCCUUACCCCAUCGAACAAGAUCUCCGAGGGAGUGCCGUGGGCUUCGUUGUGGAAGGGACCAGGACAUGUAUAUUAUGGUCAUGAUAAGAAGAGGGGCUACGUGGAAUAUGAGUUCGCAACGGGUUUAGACACAGGGUGUGUGAAUGGUGAACACCUGACCGGUAUGUUUAUUAAUGGAUGUUGUAAAACAUUGACUGUACCUGCCCGGAAACAAUAUUGGGUGGACACGCCGUAAAUGUGGGCUAGGGUGGAUACCGAUUUGUGAUGGUAGGGGUGUGACCUGGCUGGAGAGAGUUUGGGGUCGUGUGGACGGUAUGUGGCUGUCAUACUAUCAGAGUAGUAGCAUACGAUACUAAACGUGGCAGGUGGGAUAAUACUACCAUAUCAGAGGGGUAGGGUGUGACGUUUAUUGGGAAGAGGUGGGUCAGGGGUAGGGUGUGACGUUUAUUAGGAAGAGGUGGGUCAGGGGUCGGGGCACUAUCGUUGAGGGGUAGGGUGUGAAGUUUAUUGGGAAGAGGUGGGUCAGGGGUAGGGUGUGUCGUUUAUUGGGAAGUGGUGGGUCGGGGAUCUGGGCACAUCGUUGAGGGGUAGGGUGUGACGUUUAUUGGGGAGAGGUGGGUCAGGGGUAGGGUGUGACGUUUAUUGGGAAGAGGUGGGUCAGGGGUAGGGUGUGACGUUUAUUGGGAAGAGGUGGGUCAGGGGUAGGGUGUGACGUUUAUUUGGAAGAGGUGGGUCGGGGAUCUGGGCACAUCGUUGAGGGGAAGGGUGUGACGUUUAUUGCGAAGAGGUUGGUCAGGGGUCGGGGCACUAUCGUUGAGGGGUAGGGUGUGACGUUUAUUGGGAAGAGGUGGGUCAGGGGUAGGGUGUGACGUUUAUUGGGGAGAAGUGGGUCAGGGGUCGCGGCACUAUCGUUGAGGGGUAGGGUGUGACGUUUAUUGGGGAGAGUUUGGUCAGGGGUCGGGGCACUAUCGUUGAGGGGUAGGGUGUGACGUUUAUUGGGGAGAGUUUGGUCAGGGGUCGGGGCACUAUCGUUGAGGGGUAGGGUGUGACGUUUAUUGGGGAGAAGUGGGUCAGGGGUCGCGGCACUAUCGUUGAGGGGUAGGGUGUGACGUUUAUUGGGAAGAGGUAGGUCAGGGGUCGGGGCACUAUCGUUGAGGGGUAGGGUGUGACGUUUAUUGGGAAGAGGUGGGUCAGGGGUAGGGUGUGACGUUUAUUGGGAAGAGGUAGGUCAGGGGUCGGGGCACUAUCGUUGAGGGGUAGGGUGUGACGUUUAUUGGGGAGAGUUUGGUCAGGGGUCGGGGCACUAUCGUUGAGGGGUAGGGUGUGACGUUUAUUGGGAAGAGGUGGGUCUGGGGUAGGGUGUGACGUUUAUUGGGAAGAGGUAGGUCAGGGGUCGGGGCACUAUCGUUGAGGGGUAGGGUGUGACGUUUAUUGGGGAGAGUUUGGUCAGGGGUCGGGGCACUAUCGUUGAGGGGUAGGGUGUGACGUUUAUUGGGAAGAGGUGGGUCAGGGGUCGCGGCACUAUCGUUGAGGGGUAGGGUGUGACGUUUAUUGGGAAGAGUUUGGUCAGGGGUCGGGGCACUAUCGUUGAGGGGUAGGGUGUGAUGUUUUUUUUGGAAGAGGUGGGUCAGGAAUGGGGUCACUUUUGUUGAGGGGGAGGAUGUGACGUUUAUUGGGAAUGUUGGGUCGGGGGUAGGGUCACU